GCCCAGGCAACAAGCCGAGUCCUCGGCCGAGUCAGUUGGGACGGCGAGAGCGGGGCAGAGGAGGGGGGUAGCCACCAUUUUUGGGAAACGGGGCUCCGGUCGCGCUCGGAUGAGCGAGCGUGUGAGGAAGCCAACACACAGGACGCAGACAUUUGAAAGUAACUACACCAAAGAGUACUGCAAACCUGCCACUACCAUGGCAACAAAAUGUCUUGAAAAUGCUCAAGAAUAUAGAUAAAAAAAUGUUCCAUGGGAUAUGUCUGUGUCAUACUUAUAAAAAUCUAGAAGAAAAUACUCUUCAUCUUUACAUGAUGCCAUGAAGCUCAUUGAAGUCCAGUCAUCAUUUUAUUCUUAAAAGGUUACAGAACAGAUUGAUCAUUGGUUUACAUUUUUGCUGUACUUUAACAUUUGAAUGCCUGUCCCACCCAGUUCCUGGAGGACAAAGCCUGCUUCAAUUCAUUUAAAAAACUCACUUUCACUGCUGUUGUUUGAUAAGUUACAAAUGGUUUGGAUUUUUAUCAUGAACCGGAUGAACCCACAAAGCAGUUCUCUGACUCAGCGUAGGCGAAUGGCUCUUGGCAUUGUCAUUCUUCUUCUGGUUGAUGUCAUAUGGGUUGCUUCUUCCGAACUCACAUCGUAUGUUUUCACUAUGUAUAAAAAACCAUUCUUCAGUACGUUUGCAAAAACAUCCAUGUUUGUUCUUUACCUCUUGGGAUUCAUCAUCUGGAAACCAUGGAGGCAACAGUGCACGCGUGGGUUUCGUGGAAGGCAUGCAGCUUUUUUUGCAGAUGCUGAAAGUUAUUUUGCCACUUGUACAACUGACAAUACUGUGAAUAGUUCUUUGAGUGAACCUUUGUAUGUUCCUGUAAAGUUUCAUGAUUUGCCAAGUGAAAAAAGUAGCAGCAUUAACAGUGAUGCUGAAAAAACUCCCAAAAAACCACGUGUAAGAUUCAGUAACAUUAUGGAGAUUCGACAACUCCCAGCAAAUCAUGCACUGGAAGCAAAGCUGUCUCGUAUGUCUUACCCAACAGUUAAAGAGCAGGAUUCAAUAUUAAAAGCUGUAGGGAAGCUUACUGCACCUCAAGUAGCCAAAAUCAGCUUUUUCUUUUGCUUUGUGUGGUUCUUGGCAAAUUUCUCUUAUCAAGAAGCACUUUCAGACACUCAAGUGGCGAUAGUUAACAUUCUGUCAUCAACCUCUGGAUUAUUUACCGUAAUCCUUGCUGCAGUAUUUCCAAGUAAUAGCGGAGAUAGAUUUACCCUCUCAAAAUUGUUAGCUGUCAUUUUAAGCAUUGGAGGUGUUGUUCUUGUGAAUUUGUCUGGAUCUGAGAAAUCCGCAGGAAGAGAUACAAUAGGAUCUCUCUGGUCUCUGAUGGGAGCUAUGCUGUAUGCAAUCUAUAUAGUUAUGAUAAAACGAAAAGUUGACAGAGAAGAUAAACUCGAUAUUCCAAUGUUUUUUGGUUUUGUUGGCUUGUUUAACUUGCUGUUGCUUUGGCCAGGCUUCUUCCUACUCCAUUAUACUGGAUUUGAGGUCUUUGAAUUUCCCAAUAAAUUAACCCUAAUGUGCAUAGUCAUUAAUGGCCUUGUUGGAACUGUCCUGUCUGAAUUCCUCUGGUUGUGGGGCUGCUUUCUUACCUCAUCAUUGAUAGGAACACUUGCCCUGAGCCUUACAAUACCUCUGUCCAUAAUUGCUGACAUAUGCAUGCAAAAGGUCCAGUUUUCUUGGUUAUUUUUUGCAGGGGCAAUCCCUGUAUUUUUUUCCUUUUUCAUUGCAACACUUUUAUGUCACUACAACAACUGGGAUCCAGUAAUGGUGGGAAUUAGAAGAGUUUUUGUAUUUAUCUGCCGAAAACAUCGUAUUCAGAGAACAUCUGAAGAAAGCGAACAGUGUGAAAGUCUCAUUGCAGUUCAUAAUGUUUCCCAAGAAGAUGGAGAAUGUGGUUGUUCUUAGGCAACAGCGUAAAAUGUCAUGAAAACUCAGCGAAGAGACAAUCACUUGGAAAGUCCUCUUGGAAUCAUGUUUCAGUACCUCUUCUGAAUCUUUAAAUGUUUCAGUUCUUUUGAAACUUAAAAAUAUACAGAUUCUUUUUCAGUUUCCAGUAUUUAACCAGUUAGAGGAAAUGCCAAUCCUUUACGAAAACCAGCUUGCCUUAUAGAACUCAGCUGGUGAAAUUACUUGACAAAUCAAAGAGAAUGCUGUUCUAAUGAUUUUCUUUUUUAAAAAAGAAAACAUAUUUUUGUUGAGUGCUGGAUAUUUUUACAAAUACUUUUCAUCUUCUGUAAAAAGUCAUAAUUUUGUAAAAAAUUUCAAAUGGAAAGAUAAAACACCAGUUUACCUGUAAUAGGUACGAAUUAUCAUUUUGUGAUGUAUAAACUCUACUUGAAUAAUGAAAAAAAAAAACAAUUUAUU